AAAACAGAAAAAGCUACUUUUAUAAAUCCCUACGUUAGUAAAGUGAGUGCUUACAUUGCUUACCCAUUUUUUAUGUAGGUUGGUUUUUUUUUAAUGAACUUUUAGUACAUCACAAACGAAUUUGAGCCAUGAUCUAAAAUAUUAUUCGACCUAAUUCUAAAUUUUUUUAAUCAAAACUUCGAUGAAACGCGUACAACGCCUGGUUAAUGGGUAGCUAGUAAUAGCUUGAUAGUUAUAGCGAGUUCCCUUCACAAUCAACACUCGAAACAACACGACACAUUUUAGUAAACGGCAGCUGAAAUUUUUUUUUGACAUGCGUUUUAUGUGUUAGUGAAAAAAAAAAAAAACUUCGCCUAUCUCAAUUUAAAGCACAUAAAGUAAAAUAAAAACUAGUACUAUUUGAUUGAAUCGUUUAGUGAUUUUUUUUAUGUGAAAAUUAUACUUGCGCGUGUAAUUUCCUAAACUGUUUUUUUUUUUAAUGUAUUAAAGAGCCUUUCUUUAUUUUUACUUUCGGCUUUGGGUAAGUGUCCCCCGAAAUAGCAUCCAUAAAAGCUAAUACAACAUCAGCCUGUGUCUCUAUAAAUAUAGGAUCUGAUCACAUUAUUGUAAAUGUAAAUCACUUUGAGGAUUAUUUUGUGUAUAGUAUUGAUAUGAACCAGAGAUUGAGGAUGGCUCGGCAUGGUGCUGAAUUAAUUUCCUCAUUUGGUGGUAAAAAAGUACUUGAUAACAGGGUUGUUAGUAAGCUUUCUCAUUUGGGUGCCAAAGGCAUUCCAAGUCCAGAAAUUAACUUGUACGACUAUGCUUCGUAAUUUCAUUGUAGUUGUUGAAACUUGUGAAAAUGUCGUGGUCUAUUUUUUUUAUGAAUAACUUAAAAGUUUUAAUACUGAUGACUUAAAAGACCUCAAAACAGUUAAUAAAGGUAGAACCAAAUUAUUGUUUAGUUCUGCUCUUCGCCUUAAUAAUUUUAGUAAAAAUAAUGAUUUUAAAAAGAAAAUCUUUAGAGCUUAUAUUCGAACAGAUUGAUCACGAUGUGAAUGAGAUUAUUAAAAGUGGAAUGUCCGAUAUUCUCAUGAAGUCUGCCGUUAGGCCUCGAAGAGGGAAUUCUGAUAACAAAGAUGCUGUUCCGACAACCAGUAUAAAAAUUGGUUUCAAAGGAAACACCCUCCUUAAGUCGAUUAAGUUUAAUUUUUGUAAUCUUCUGGUUAACUACUUUGUUCCCACGUUAAAACAAUGCUUUAGGUGCGGUGGGCAUGGGCAUGUUUCUAAGUUUUGUAAAGACAAGGAGGCUUCAAUUGUGGCAAGGCCGAAAAUUGUGAAACGAUGACGUGUCUGUCCUGUGACUCAAGUGGAUGUAGCACUUUGAACGAGUCUUGCCCGAACAGAGGGCAGGAGUUAGCUAUUAACAAGAGUAUGGCUACUAAAAACUUUUCCUACAAAGAAGUGAAGAGAAAUAUUUUCCUAAUUACUUUCAAUGCCUGGAUAAUAAUUCCUAUGAGUUGAGAAAGACGUAUUCCCUACGAUUCUGCUACUGACAUUAUCAUCAUCAAAACCAUGAAUCUUAAACUGAAUCAUAGCAUCAUGCUACUUUCCACCUAAUGUUGAUGUACAAACUUUCCGGGAUGAGAUUCAGAGAUUAUGUGAAUUUCUUGAUGGCGAACAAAAUGUGAUUCUAGCUGGAGAUUUCGAUACUAGACAUUGCUUCUAUGGUGAUCAGCUCUCAAACAACAAAGGCAGGAUUCUUGUAAAUGCCCUCAAUGCCAGCAGUUUUUAAGUAAUGGUAAAGCGAGCAGUGUCUUGGAUUUAACAUUUCCUAAUUCAACUAUUUUAUCAUUCAACUGGAAUACGACUAAUGUCCUAAUUGGCAAGAGUUAACACUCUCGCAUUGUUAAAAAAAUAGAAAAUUUAAUGUCACGUAACCUCCCUAUGGACCGUCUGUCUAAAGUUGAUCUUCCUUCUAAUUUAUUAUGAAUUCGAAGUGCUUUUCAGUCUGAGAUAAAGUCUGCUAGAUAUUGAGUUUUUCUGAUAGUGAGUCCUUCUCACCUAAAUCUUGAUGGAAGUCUUCCCUGUCAACACUCUUUCGCAAAUACCAAGCUGGAAGGGAAAAAAUUAGUAAAUAUGCCAAUCCAGGCCACUUCAUUGAAUAUACGAAAACACUGAAAAAAUGGAGGUCUACAGUUACAAAGGUAAAAAGGUCAAAUAAAGGUGUCAUGAUGAAAGAAUUCUGUGCUACUGCUGCACGUUGUGAUGGAGUUAAGUAUGAUAUGGUCAGAGCACUGUCUGAAAGCUUAACUAUCCUGUUGCGAGCGAUUCAAAACUGCUGGUCUAUUAACUUUACAACCUUGGAUUUACGAUGCAUCAAAGUUCCCAUUUCCAAGCCGGGUAAAGACUUAAAUGAUUUACGUAACUUUAGACCCACUUCGCUAAUAUCUGUAUUCAUACAGAUUAUUAAUCUCAUAGUUAGGGAGAGGCUGAUGUAUUUUUUGAAAACUGGGAAUAUUAUUCCAGCUCGUUCUUAUGCGUAUCAAAAGCGCAAAUCCACGAACCAGUGCGUUAAUGGAUUAUCCUUUCUCAUAGCUAGUCUAAAGAAAGCAGGUAAAAUGGUUUUUAUGUUUUCCCUGGAUAUCGGCAAAGGCUAUGAUUGUGUCAAUUUGAUAAAGCUGGAUAGGAUUCUCUUACACUUUUCAAUUUUCCUUCAAAUACGUCUGUGGAUACCAAGCUCUUUAUCUGCUUCUCUCUGCUUCUAAUAAAUAAAAGAGAGGCAGGUAAUCCAUAUGUGUUUGAUAUUCUGGAUGUUAUAGGGAUCUCAAGUGGAUGACUGUUGCCUUGUUUGGAUACCUGGUCAAGGAGGUUUUUUUUUGAUGAAAAGUCUGACUUGCAUCCAAAAAUAGCUAAAGUUGAUGGCACGAUUUCAUCCAUUAAAUAUACUCCUAAUGAAGCAACACGGGCUAUUCGUACCCACAUCUUUAAACAACUAAAUGAUGUUAAAGAAAUUACGCGUGCCAAAUCAAAUCGUCUUUUCUACAAAAUAAAUCCCGCAUUUAACUUUAAACCCUUAUCAGAGGUUUCCUUUAAUUCUUGGGAAAUCAAAAUUUUUUGUCGACCCAUGAGUGGUCACACUUAUGAAAAAGUAUUAGGCGUUUGCAACAAUUUUAGUUACUUUUUCACUUCAAAAACGCAUUUAUUAUGGAAAAUUGGUGCAGUUAACAUUAAUCAAAAUAGUUUCCAUUAUUUUCUAGAACAUUUUACAAUAUUUUUGGCAAUAUGGCGAUGUCUUCUCGAACGAACUUAUAUUGGUUGACAAUGAUCCACACCCCGACCCAUUUUCGCACUUGUUCAACUUUGCGGACCGCGUGAUACUCAAGCCAUGCUGCACCGAGCUGAACAAGUGGUAAUCAGGAGGUGCCAUGUCUGGUGAGUACAUUGGGUGUGGCGAAAAAUCUCAUUCGAGCUGCAACAGAGUAGCCAAAAUGUGGCAUUUUCACUCAGUUCGUGUCGGCACUUUUAAAUCGUUGAACCAAAAUCGACGGAGAAGCAUCACUAUAAGCCUCUGAACUUGUUUGGUGGGCAUCGGCUGCAGAUUUCUUCAAAUAAACAAUAAAAGUAAUGAAUUUGGAAGAAGAAUUUUGAGCGUUCCAUGAUUAGCGGCGGUGUACGCCAAACAAAUCUAUAAUAUUAAAUGGAAAACUGUUAUUUUAUGUGGAGUAAGGUCUGGAUCAUCGGAUCCAACCGCUACGUACAUUGGUAUUUCCCAUUCCUUUAUCAUUUUUACCUGUAGAAGUCGCUGAUCAAAAUUUUGCAAACACCUAUAUUUAAAAAUAGACCGUGCUAAACGAUGUGAUAUAUGUGAAGUUUGUAAUAUUGCUGAACAUCUAGUUUUCAGAUAUCACAGACUCGAUGGUGUUAGAAGUUUUUCUGGCUUUUCCAAAUUAAAUGGUGGCUUCCUCGAGCUUUUUGCAGCAUAAAAUGUGUUUUAUCUCGGGGAACUAACUUGCUUAGAAAAGAGAAUUAAUCUUUUUAAUUCCUGAUAUUUUUUUCUUCUUUUACAUUCAAUUAGAGGCUGUUUCUAAAACAUUCUUUUUUCAGCCAAACUUUGCAACACUAUUUUUACAUCACUUUUAACAAGCCAGCAAUCUACAAUUACACUCAACUUAUCGGCUUUAGAUGUCAUAGCCGCAGCUUUUUUUUUGUAUUUUGUAUAUAUUUUUUGCAAAUAAUUUCUACAGUUUAUUGUCUACACCUAUAAGCCACAAAUCUUAUUGGUUUAGUCCAUCUUAACUCAACAUCCAAAAAAAAAAAAAUUAUAAUAAUAGCGGCCGGGUUUUCUUUCUGUACAAGGGAUGGACAGAACAUAUCAACACAUAUGGAAGCACGACAUGCUGCAAACGCCGCGCGGCUCUAGCAAAAUAGUUGAUUAUUAUAUGAAAUUUGGAAGUAAAGAUUUAAAAAGGUUUAUGCGUUUGUAUUCACCAGAAAGCGAUAGUUCUCAAGAUGAUCAAAAAACUGAAAUGGUUAAUAAGACAAUUCGUUGCCAACAAAACGUCCAUCACGAAAUGGAAUGCAGUCGCAGUAACGAGAGGCUAAAAUAUUUAGAGACAAAGCCUAAUUUACGAUGUCGCAAAGAAAUGAGUCAAAGUAUGCAUAAUGCCGGUGCAAUAAAUGCCAUGAGUAUAUUGGAUAAGGAUUUGGAAGCAUCGAAAAAGAGCAUUAUUCAUUCAAAACUCACACAUACUCCAGAAUCAGUGGCCACAGCGCAAAAACUUUUAGAAUGGGACUCUCUGGGUGAUGUAGGUUACGAUCGAUUGACAUCCAAUAUAAGUGUUAGUUAUUUAGAGAGAUUUGUAUUACAACAACUAAUUAAUAUAAAAAAACUCCCAGAACUCCGUACUUCAAAAAACACGUCUGAAAGAAUUUCACCUGCAUCGCUCAUUAUCAAUAGGCAAGAAACUCAACCUUUAACCUCUAGCACGUUAAUGGACAGCGGAGUUUGCUCGAGAAUGAUUUCUAAUGUGCACAAAAUAAAUUCCCAAAGUACCUGUUUUACUAACAAACAAAGAAAUGACAAUUUUAGCCAGACAACGUUAAGUCGAGCACCGCAACUUAUUGAUAAGGGAGUGCAAGUUAACCUAUCAUCUUCGACUUCGGUGCUUGAAGGAAUUGAGACUCCGUCCAGUUUUGAAUACAUCAAAUCUGAUCCCACCAAAUCGUUGACGUCUUCACAUGGGCGGAAUAAAAACCAAUCACAUGACUUUUUUGGCAACUUAGCCGAUGUAGUGCAACGUAAAAUACGUAUAGAAAGAAGCGUCCAGCAUUCUAAUAAUAUUUCCAAUAUACAAAAAUUGCAAAUUAACUUCCUAGACACUCUUGCAGGGAGCAAAGAAAAUACCUGUCACUCCUCUACAAAAAUAUCAAGUAAUAAUUUUUCCCUCCUACAUUAUGCACCUGAAUUAGAUUUGGGUACACAGUUGAUAUGUUCAUUAAUCAACGCGAAAAAUAUCACACAUAUGCAGAAAAAAGAACUGGUACGAGAAAUAAUUAAACGCAUUAUGCGUUUGAGCGGCAGUAGUGAUUUUGCCUGGCAAAAUAAUAUUCAGCCGAGCUCGGGAGAUGACAACUUUCUUAAAUCACGAAGUAUAAGUGUUAAUUCGGUCACGGAAAUAUUGCAACGAGCAAACACUGUAAAUAUAGUGGCACCUAAUAACGUCUUGGAUGGAAGUGACCAAGUAUGUAGUACUCAAUCCGCAGUGCCAUCGAUUCAAUCUGGAAGAUUUAUUUUCACCAAUCCUAACUAUGAAUCCAGGUUACAGUCCCAAGACCCGACUGAAGCAACAGAAAAUCAGAAAUUUAUCUCAACAUGCAGUAAGUUCGACAGCAAGAGUGGAGUGUUGGCGUCAAUAUCGAAGGCUACGUCAAUAAUAAUAACAGAAUCUAGGACUGAGGCGUCAAACUAUUGGACUUUAAAUACGUGUGAUUACAAAGAUUUUGCACAACUAAAUAUUUGUGAAUUUUUAAACCCAAUGACGAGUUCUGAGGUAGAAUAUGAAAGGAAACAGCAAAAUAAACGUCUAAGUUGGUUUGAAAACGAAAUUCAAGGGUUACAACGUUUAAAACGUUUGCUACUUUUUCCGGAUAGCUCUCCAGUGGAAAGCAAUACUAUACAAAAUAGUAUACACGAUCGUAUAAAAAGGGACGUAGCUAUAGUAGCUCAACCGCAAUCUAAGAAUCUAUACGAUGCUGUUGAUACGGAAAGCCACGACAAUGGUGAAAUUAAAUCAUACAAGUCUUCAGAGGUCCUAGAGAAAAAAAAAAUUCAAGACAUCGAGGUUGUAAUCGACGAAUCGAAUGAGGGAUUUGUUAAUUUGAACAAUAAUUUAAAAAGAACCAAAUGAACGAAAGGAAACGCAUACGAAAAAUUCUCAGAUAUUAUGACGGCUACUGAACAAUUGUCUGUUAAACCACGUUUCCGUAACAUUUGUAAGAGUAUGACCAUUAACGAGGAGCAAUUGUUAGAUGAUGAUGAUGAUAAUCAUGGCAAAACUAAACAUCGAGAAAAAAUUGGCAUUCCCCCGCUCACCUGUAAGAUUAACGAUAACAAUGAGAGUUUACGAGAUCUGAUAUUGCAGCAUAAACAAAACUUUUUUGAACUUUACAAAAAUAAACGGCAUAGUCACUAUGAAAUUUGGAAACUGCGACAAAAAGAAAGAGAAGAAUAUAAGCUGCCUUGUGUGCAACGAGUUACGGAUUCUCCAUUACAUAGCCAAAAAUCUUCAGAUACGAGGGAAAAAGUUUCAUCAACAACUGCUUCUAGGUCGACACAUACUUACACUUCCGCAGCUAUGCACGGCAGUAGCCAACAAAUGGGAAGGACCGCAGAGCAGGAUGCCGUCGCAGUUGCAACAACUACAAAUUCAGCAGUCUCAUUGUGAAUAAUCCUACAUGUAAGAAAUAUAAUUGUAAAUAAAUACUCCUACUGUUGUGAAA